AUUGCCCGACCCGUCUGCUGCAUUUUGUCCGAGUUUCCCUCUCUCCUUUGUCUUAUCCACAUAUCUUCCCAUACCCACAUGAUAAGGGAAUGACCUCUUCUUCAGGCCCAAAGCGGGCUUGCAAGCUAUGUCGUCGCCGCAAAGUCAAGUGUGAUGGAUGUCCGACUUGUAGCAACUGUCGAGCCGCAGGGACAGCUUGCCAGUAUGCCCCUCCGAAGAAAAGAGGUCCCAAGCCUGUUCGAUACUGCAGCAGUAUCUCAGACGAUACCCCAACUCCGAUAUCACCUCUCACCGAUCCAUCCGAGAUCCUCGAGGAUCCGUCACUCCCCUCUCCAGCGACCUGCCUCCAACCAACCACAGCUGUGAGCCAGACAGGGCAUGGCUGUAUCAGCAGCAGUCAAGGGGCGAGACCAGCAUCACUGGCGGAGAGUCAAACCGAAGCUGCUGUCAGAAUCUUUCUUGAUUUCUUGGCAGGGCUGCAAACUCCUGCUUCAGUUGAAUCCUCGGUAUCGAUUGCUAAUCGCUGCAUUUUCCUAUACACUCGUUAUGUGUUCGGGUCUGUUCCUCUUUGCCAUGAAGCCUCACUGCGAGCAACAGUCACUCGAUUCUUCGACACACAACAGCAUUCGCCUUGUGAAGAUGCCCUGGACACUUACAGCUGGGCACUGAGCUGCUUUUCAUCCGAUGAUGAGUAUAGCGAGAUUGAGAAGCUCAGGAGCCUGACACUUCUCCUAGCCCUGUGUGCGGCUGUGUCAUAUGCUGUUCCCGAGUCCCUAUUGCCUACUAAGCAUCUCACAGCGCCGCUGUUCCUUAAAACAACGCGAGAGCUACUGAAUAUAUACCACGACUACGAUCUCGAGCACCCUGACUCUUCGUCGCUCAAUAUCCGCAUGUUCUUGUCAUCGGCUAUACAAACUUCUACGGGCACUAACGGUGUGGCCUUUCAUAUAUUGAGCGAAGCGGGCCUACUUGCGAUGAGAAUGCGUCUCUACUGCGAGACUUCUCUUGAAGGAAGAAACCCGAUCGAGCAGCAAAUCCUCCGAAACGUGUUCUGGCAGCUUUACGUGUGUGACAAGACUGUCUUAGUAAUGGGAGGCCGUCCCGUCUCAAUCCAUGAGACGUUGUUCGACACCCAGCUAAGUCUAAAGUCAAGCCCACCAAGCCCAGUGACACUCUUUGAAUAUGGCCCAGAAUCCAGCGGCGCCGAGAUAGAAGGGCGUCUCAUGGAGGGUUUUCACAUCAUACGUCGUCUAUGGGCCAUGGCUGCACGAGUCAUCCGAGGCAUGGAGUCACGAUCCACCGGGCAUACAGAUAAAUUUACUGAGCUGUAUCAAGAAGACAUGGCUGAGCUAUCCAAGGCAUACUUCGAGAUAAUCACCCUAACAAACUGUUUCCCUGCCUGGGAUCCAUCACCAGCUGCAUUGUCACCCUAUACCGACCGAGAGGUAGACACAGGUCUAAAUGACAUCCUACAGCGGCAAAAGACCAGUUAUCUGAUUUCUCUACACUCGAUCAAGCUCUUCGUACUGAACUCGGCUAUUUCAUGCAAUAUGACCCAGAUCAUGGGCCUAAGCGCGGAGUCUCUUCCUCUCGCCAUGAGACUAAUAGAGCUAGCUCAAGAUUUCUUCAACGUCCUCGAAACCAUUCCGUUUCUUCAUCUCCAAGCCGAGGGGGAGCAAUGCGCCGAAAAGAUUAGGCGUGUUGGCAGUUUACUGCUCGAGCUUGCGCACAACUAUGAUGAGGAAGUUGUUACGUCCCGGGCAAGCCAGUGCGUACAGCGCUCAGUCAACCUGCUUGUCCGGCUAGAUUCAAAGGCUUCCGAUAGCAUUGGUGGUUUAAUAUAAUAAGUAGC